CACGAAUCGGCCAAGGUAUUUGAUAUUUCCUUUCUGCUUGUAGUGGUUCUUGUAUCGAGGUUUGCGUAAUAUUACUGAAUUCGCAGAUUUACUGGAUAACACCACAAAAGAACCGUUUCCGUCCGAAGUUACAAUGAAACAUUUGUACCGGCAGUGCAAAGACGAUGACGAAAUUGAGCGGCAAAGUGGUAAGCCGCUACUGGAAUUCUUGAAUAAACAGAUGGGCGGAUGGCCCAUCCUUACUCCCAACUGGAAUGCCUCCAAUUUCGACAUCUUCGACUCGCUAGUCAAGUUCUACUUCGCCGGCAGUCCACACUUUUUCGAGAUCACUGUCGACCAGGACGUCGUUAAUCCGUUGACCAAUGUGAUCUUUAUUAAAGAACCAACGACCUUCGCCAGCGUAGACAUAUUGAGUAACCAGAUCACAGGAAAACUGUACGUUGAAAGUUAUUUACAACAAUUAUUCAACGUAACAACUUUACUGCUGCGAGAGAACAAUCAGACUCAUGUGGAUGUCAACCAGUUGUCACCAAAUCUCACGGAUGUUGUCGCGACUGAAAAGUAUCUCGCCAUGGCUGGACUGUCCGCCAUAGAGGCUCAGAACGACUCCAUAAACCUGAACAAGAUGACAUUAGAUGAAUUUUCCAAACGAAAUCAGUUCAACUCAUCUAUACUGAAGAACAUAACGGAAUAUCUGAAGGCUUAUUUCAAGGAAGCCAACAUUACGGGCAUCAUCAACAAUGAUACUGUCGUGGUUGUGCCAAAUUUAUCAUUUUGGUCCAAGCUAGACGCCAAAUUCGCGGAGUUUGAGCAGCUGGGUGCGGAAGGAAUGAAGCGCGCCGCUAACUAUCUCGGCUGGAGAGGAAUUCAACAUGCGUUAAGAUUUUUGUCCCGAGGUUACAGGCAAACCCGAGCAGAGUACGAGCAAAAGAGGACCGGUAUGAAGGCCAAAAAGGAAACGCCACCUGGCGAGCGUUGUCUUUAUGUCGUUGCGGAAUCAAUGCCUUUGACGAUGGGAGCUCUCUUUGUGCGAGAUAUCAUUCCUAAAGACCUUAAAGAAAAAGCCACGCUUAUGGUCAGCGACAUUCAAACGGGUUUUAAAGAGCUACUGGACGCUGCCAGCUGGAUGGACAACAACACACACGAAGCGGCACAAAAGAAAUUGUCAGCGAUGAUUAACGAAGCCGCCUAUCCGGACAUUAUGGUCAACAAUAUUUCCUUGAUUGAUUCGGAAUACGCAAAUAUCGCCAUUCAAAGCAGUUAUGCAGCAUCCAUGAUGGAGAUAGCCAAAAAUCAGAUUGUUCGCAGCCUGAAGCGUAUAUUGAAAGCAAAUGUACGCUAUGACCCGGUCAAGGACACCGGCGAUAUCACCGAAGUGAACGCGUUUUAUAAUCCGAAUAUGAAUGGUUUAAUUAUAAAUGCAGCCGUUUUGCAACCGCCUUUCUAUGAUCCAGAAAGCCCGGAGUAUUACAAUUAUGGCGGCAUAGGUGUGGUAAUUGGCCAUGAAACAACGCACGGAUUUGACAGCACCGGAGCGAACUACGACGAUCAAGGGGCGCGGCGGUCAUGGUGGACGGACAGUACGAAAGAAGCGUACGACAUCCGCACAAAGGGCAUGACAGCGCAGUACGAUAAUUAUACCACGGCGGUUGGACGGAUGAAUGGGCAACUGACACUAGGAGAAAACAUUGCUGACAACGGCGGUACGAGGGCAGCGUACAAGGGUUACCUUCGACACCUAAGCAGGCUAACGAAGCCUGAAGCCGUUGCCGCUGAUUUGGCUCGCUACACUCCACAGCAGUUGUUCUUCCUCUCGUUUGGACAGGUUUGGUGCGAAAAGGCCAGACCAGAGUCAUCUCGCAUCAAGCUCCUCAGAGAUGUGCACUCACCGGCAGAAUGGAGAGUCAACGGAGUCGUCUCCAACAUGGAGGAGUUUUCGGAAGCAUUCAACUGCUCAGUCGGUGCUAGAAUGAAUCCUCGCAAUAAGCAGACCGUUUGGUAAUACCCGAUCUGAAAUUAGUGGAUAAAACCGUUCACGGUAGCAACAUCGAAUUUUAAACUGACUUAUCAAACGGCUUGAGCAUAGAUGUUGUGACGCGCAACACAGCAAGUGU